GGUGUAAGGGUGGAAGUAACAAUGCUUUUACUACACUCGGAAAUCAAAAUGGCUGACGUUUUAGAUCUUGACGGCGGCGAGGACUUCGAAGUUGACGAUGAUGGAGACCAGAGCGUCCAGAAGUUGAAGGAAAGAGCACGGAAACGCAAAGGAAGAGGAUUUGGAACAGAUGGCUCGGCUCGAGAAGAGAUACAUGAUUACGAUGCCAUGGACACCGGCGAAAACGACGAACCAGGUCCUCAAAGAUCGGUGGAAGGUUGGAUCCUGUUUGUGACAGGCGUUCACGAAGAGGCACAAGAGGACGACAUCCAUGACCGGUUCUCCGAAUAUGGAGAAAUUAAAAAUCUCCACCUGAACCUCGACAGACGCACUGGAUUCCUCAAGGGCUACGCUCUCGUGGAGUAUGAGACAUUCAAAGAAGCGCAGGCAGCCAUGGAAGCUCUGAAUGGGGCCAAGAUUCUGGAUCAGACAAUAAGCGUAGACUGGUGCUUCGUCAAAGGCCCUACAAAGAGGAAACGGGGCCACCGGCGCAGGGAUCGAUCCGCGGACAGGAGACGACACUGAAGGGCCCUGCUUGUGUAAAUGUUGUUUUAAGUUGCGCAUGUACCAGCUUUCAUCCUCUCUCUCAUAAAGCCAGGAUAUACAGUGUUCUUUAUACAUCGCUCAUCAGAGGUGCUGAAUCCAUCUCGGCCCAUUCAGUGGCAAGGAUUUGUAAAGCCUGGGGAUUAAAAGUUUGGGGUCAAAAAGA